AUGGGGACGGCGAUGUGGGGGAUGAGGAGAGAGUGUGCUGUUUUGGAGAUAGGGGUGGUGUCGUGGGUGGGGAGAUUGAAGAGAAUGAAGAAUGAAAGGGCAAAUCUGGAAGAUGCAGAAAAUCAGCUUAGGUUUCUUAUGCAUGCCAUGAAAGGGGUUAAAAUUAGUUGCUUCUUAUCUCUACUGAAGGGCUCGUUUUCGCGUUGGAUAUGGAAUGAGUUGGGUAUUUUGUCUUCUUCUAUCUUUCCAAGUGUCAGAUGUGGUUUGGAAAUGGCCAUCUUGAAUGCUAUAGCCAAUGCAAGAGGGUCCAGUUUAUUAGACAUACUGCACUCCCAGACGAAUGAAAAAGACAAAUAUCAAAGUUCAAUGGAAGUUCAGCUCUUUGCUGCAUGCUAAGUGGGCUGGUAAGAAUUUAGAAGAUGAAAGGCCAGUAAGUUGUAAUGGUAUUACAGGUGGCU